AUGGCACAAGAGUGGUAUAACUCCUUAUGUAGAGGCAGACCAACAGAUGCAACAUCGUUGACUUGGAGUGAGUUCCUUACAACCUUCUUAGAUCGAUUUUUACCACUCAGUGUACGUAAUGCCAAAGCCAAGGAGUUUAAAGCUUUGGUGCAGACCUCGAGUAUGACGAUGUCGGAUUAUGACAUAAAAUUCACACAAUUGUCUCGAUAUGCACCCUAUUUAGUUGCUACAGAGGAGAUAAAGAUACAAAGGUUUAUGGAUGGGCUAGUGAAGCCAUUGUUUAGGGCUGUGCCAUCCCAGGAUUUCAAUACCUACUCCACAGCAGUGGAUUGCGCUCAGUGGAUUGAGAUGAGGACCAGUGAGAGUAGGGCUGCGAGGGAUAGAGCAAAAAGGGCCAAGACAGAGGGUUAUCAAGGUCGUAGAGAUUUCAACAGUGGUAUUUUGUGUUCUAGCUGUCAAGGUCCACAAAAGGACUCACGAUUGCCCCAAAAGGGGAGUGACGUGACUACUGUCAAUGUUGGACCAGGACAUAUUAGGAAGGAUUGCCUGAUGGCUCAUCAAUCACAAGGUUCUGCCCCCGACUCCACUCAGCUAGCUUUGUCUACUCCUUCAGUAGCCUCCUCAUCUGAUCGGGAGGCUAGUGGAUCGAGAGGUAGAGGUGCUGUUACUUCCUCUCAGGGCAGGCCUUCUGGGUCUAGGCGUCAGAGUUCUGCUGUUAGGGGCCAAGCAAGGGAAUAUGAAUCUUGUGUAGUUCGAGUCAAGAACAAAAACACAUUGGUAGAUCUAGUGGUGUUAGACACCUUAGAUUUUGAUGUGAUUUUGGGAAUGGAUUGGCUAUCACCCUGCCAUGCUAGUGUAGACUGCUACCAUAAAUCAGUUAGAUUUGAUUUUCCCAGUGAGCCAUCAUUUAGUAUUCAAGGGGAUAGGAGCAAUGGUCCCACCAAUUUGAUAUCAGUCAUGUCUACCAGAAGGCUAUUAAGACAAGGUUGUCAAGGUUACUUGGCUGUUGUGAAGGAUACCCGAGCGAAGGUUAGAGAUAUAGGCAAAGUGUCGGUAGUGAAUGAGUUUAUGGAUGAUUUCUCGAAGAAUUACCAAGUUUAUCCCUCAAGCGAGAGAUUGAAUUUUGUAUAG